AAGAUACAGCACUAAUUAAACAGAAGCUAUAUCAAAUUCCUCUAGAUAUACAAGAAUUCUUACAAAAAGAAAUAUUAAAAAUAGAGAAAUUAGGCGUAAUUCGAGAUAUAAAAGGAUCAUAG